GGGCGCUCAGUUCACUCGAGACCGUGGACGCAGCUGCUCCCCAACCGAAUCGGCUCCACUCGAAAUUCGAAAAAGUUAAGUCGCCGAACGACAAACUGUUGCACGUGCCGCACUAUAGUGUUUCGAUUGCAUUCUCGCUAAAAACCAAUCAGUAGAGUGGAAAAAAUAGAAGAUCAGAACAGACUUACAUAAUGGGCUGCGCAACGGGAACCAUCAAGUACUCCCUCUUCCUCUUCAAUGCCUUGUGGGCGAUACUUGGCAUUCUUGUGCUUAUCUUUGGCGGCCUCAGCUGGGGCGGAAUGCCGGAUGAGUAUGCCAUCGGAAUCCUGGUUCUGGGUGGUAUAAUCCUGAUUAUCUCCAUGUUUGGAUGCUGCGGCGCUGUUCGCGAGUCAUCGCGGAUGCUCUGGACGUAUGUAACUUUGUUGUUGGUCUUGCUGGGCCUGAUUGUGGCAUUCAUCGUCCUGAGUCCAUCGGAUGUUUUCAAGAAGUAUGCCCUGAAGACUGUGGAGGAUCACUGGCAGCAGGAGCAAACAAAGCCAGGCGCCAUGGAUAUCAUUCAGACAACGUACUCUUGCUGUGGUCGCAAUAGUGCCCAAGAUUAUCUGGAGAUCCCCUACUACAAUAAGACUGUGCCGAGUAGCUGUUGCAAGGAUAACAACUGUGUGAAUCCAUUGAAUCUCUACGUUUCCGGCUGUCUUGUCAAGGUGGAGGAGGCCUUUGCCGAUGAGGCCACCACGUCGCGUUACUUGGAAUGGGGUCUGCUUGGAUUCGAUGUUGUCAUCCUCCUGCUGGCCAUUAUCUUGGCCAUACAUUACCAAAAUCGCCGGCGACGCUACAACUAUUAGUACCUAAUUACCACCUAGGAACCCAAUCCUAUGUCCCACACCCCUAUAACCUUUAUCAUUUGUAAGCGUCACCAAUGUACCUUGCUUUUAGAUCCGCCAUAUACCGCGUCACGCGAGUGUCCGGCGGAUACUUGCCAAGCAACCGAAGAAGUCUUUGAUGUGUAUGUACUUAAAUAUAUUACUGUGUAUGUAGAAAGUCUUACAUGCACUGAAACUAA